ACAUAAUCCGACAGAAUUUGAAAGCCAUUGGAGAAGUGUCGGUGGACAGAUGCUACAUAAAGACACCAAUGGAAAGGAACUACCAACUACACUGUUUCACAGAUGCCUCUCUACAGGCUUAUGCAGCAUCAGUUUUUUUAGUUUGCGGUUCAAAGAGAAGUUUCAUUAUGGGAAAAUCCCGUCUGAUACCGGUAAAAGACCAGGAGAGUCUCAAGAUACCCCGUCUGGAACUUUUAGGAGUACUGAUUGGCAGUAGGCUAAUAAAGUUCGUUCUUAAGUUUCUUCAGCAGAAGAUAGUAAGGCAAGUCUUGUGGACCGACAGCCAGAUUGUUGUAGAAUGGUGCAAAUCUGAUAAACUGUUGCCACCCUUCGUUGCCAGGCGGGUAGAAGAGAUCAGAAAGAAUAAAGAUCUGGAGAUCAGAUACCUUUCAACAGACCUGAAUCCAGCAGACGUAGGCACCAGACCCACCUGUUCGAGAGAGGACAGAGAGAAAUGGCUGACUGGUCCACAAUUUAUAGUAGAAGAUCCUAAGACGUGGCCAACUACAACUAGCAGUGGACCAACCAGUUCUCUCUUGAUUGGGGAGGGUCUUGGAAUCCAAGAAGAAGAACCGAUGGAAACAGUUGAUCCAGACAUACCCGAUGUUAGUCUGAUGGAAACGAGACAUAGUGCAACCGCAAAAGAAGUAACCGCACAAGAAAAUGAUCAGACGUCAGAUGAUAAGUUUCUAAGGUUGAAAGAAAUUCAAGCUGAAUACUUUCCUCUAGAGGUAGAAGGAAAAGUAACUAGUUUAAGUUUGAAUUUAGGCGUAUUUAAAGACAUAGAUGACUUACUAAGAUGUAAAGGUCGUAUGAAACAUGCAGACUGGUCAUUUGAUAAACGCUACCCUAUACUUAUACCGAAAAAUUCAGACUUCACCAACGAAACUAUAAUGAAGAUUCAUCGAGAAAAUAUGCAUGUUGGCGUGAGUCACACGUUAAGCAAGAUAAGGGAAACUUACUGGAUACCACAAGGAAGAAGCAAAGUUCAAAAUAUUUUGAGGAAAUGUCCUGAAUGUAAGAAACAUGACGGAGGGCCAUAUAAACUACCGGAAACUCCUGCUUUACCGAAAGAGAGGGUUAAUUAUAGUUCUCCAUUUACAUACGUUGGCACAGACUACCUGGGACCACUUCUAGUUAACAAUGGGAAUGGCAGUUGCAAAAGGUGGAUUAGCCUCUACACAUGUUUAGCUGUAAGAGCCAUUCAUCUAGAAGUUGUAAAGGACCUAACGGCGGAAGAAGGUUUAAUGGCCUUACGUAGAAUGAUCUCAACAAGAGGAGUACCUUCCUUGAUAACGUCUGAUAACGCGGCUCACUAUAAGUUACUCUCAGAGAUUCUUCAGAUCCCAUACUGCUUAGAUAAGGAGAUAAGAUGGAAAUUUAUACCACAGUUAGCACCAUGGCAUGGAGGUUUCUACGAAAGAUUGGUCGGUUUAGUUAAGAACUGUAUGAAGAAAACUUUACAGAAACAUCUAUUGAACGACAGCCAGCUCGUUACAGCGGUAAAAGAAAUUGAAGCAGUUCUGAACACAAGACCAUUAACAUACGUGGAUUCAGAGCCUGAUCAUGUACUAAAACCAUCAGACUUCCUUACCAUGGGAAAGUGUAUUACUAUGGAAACGUCGAAUAAAGAUCCUACGUCACAAGGGACGGUGACUAAAGAUAACCUAAUUAAAGGUUGGAAGAAAGCACAGAUAAUUCUACGAGAGUUUAAAGAGAUGUUUGAGAACAGGUACCUCCUAAAUUUGAGAGAAAGAUAUUCCCACCACCCUAAAGAACCUAGGGUGACUUCAAAGUUAGAACCGAAGAUAGGUCAAAUCGUGCAGAUUAAAGGUGACACGAGGAAUAGGAUCAACUGGAAAGUUGGGAAAAUAGUAUCUUUAAGGGAAAGCGCCGAUGGAUUAUGUAGGGUUGCCACGGUACGAGUAGGAGAUACCGAAUACACAAGAUCUAUCACGCAUCUCUACCCUUUAGAGAUCGAAGAGGGAGAAGAACACUGUAAACAAACAUCACCUUAUAACGAAAACGCAGAAGAACCUCUGCAGCUUCCUGACCUUCCACCUCCAUCUUGCGGGAACGUUGACGUCCAAGACGUUGCUGAGUCUCCUUCUGAACAAAGAUUCACUCCAGUAACAGCUAGAGAUGAUCCAGAAGAAGAAGUUCUACCCUAUGCCUCGCCAGUAGAGGAAAGGAGUUCCUUCAAACAAGUAGUAGAGUCUACAUCUAGUAAGUUAAACGAGCCUAAGCCUAAGUCUAUGUCCGAACCAGAACCACUCGCAGUCGUCGACCCCGAGUAUUACGACCACACUGAUCCCGAGCUACACCACUUGGAGGAAAUUGCGCCAGAAGGACAAGAAGACGAAUCAAGACCUAAAAGAGCCGCAGCUCUUCGGGCCCUUGAAAAGAUUAAAGAAUGGACCAGCAAUCUAGUCGCUGUGCUUCUGCCUGAGGCGGGGAGUGUCGCGACAGACGCGAAUUUAUAACGCCCAAGACGAAUUUCCUUGCGGCAACACCUAACAGCGCCCUCUAGGUGGAAUUGUGAUCUCGGUGCGAUAAUACAGCCGCCAUAAAUUAAGCGAA